GGAAAGCGAUCUACUGGCUUGUUGUGCUGCACUGCAAUCAGAUUACCUCCAGUAAUCCGAGCUAAAGGAUAUGAAAGAGGACAGGUCAAACUGACUCUAGAACAGAUACUACACUUAAAAGUGGUUUUAUAUUUUCCGGCUGUGAACACGGAACUAGAUGCGACGGUGUCGAGUACGUGUUGCGGACUUGCGAUUGUAAAUUAUAGUAACAGUACGUAUUUAAAUGUGUUGUUUUAGUCUACUGUUGACCACGUUUUGUUAUUAUUACGCUCAUCUGUUGUAAAUAUCCAACAUGAUGUCUGAGGGUUGUUCGUUCAUGAAGGGCAUGUUUCUAGGGGGCAUCUUUUGUCUGGUCAUGUCUCUGUUUGGCACCUUUAGUCCAGGACCCCAGGGUGACGGUCAUCUCCACCAUCAUCUAAAACCUGUUAGCAAAGAUGAACUUCAAAAGUUAUCUGAGGCCCAGAUGUAUGACCUCACCCAACAGGUUCGAGUGUACUGUGUCAUUAUGGUGACCCCCAAGCUCCUUGUUUAUUGGGCGACAGCCAAUGAUACCUGGAGCAAACACUGUGACAAAUCUGUGUUCUACACCUCAGAGUCUUCCAAAGCUCUAGAGGCAUUGGACCUACAGGAGGAUGAUGAGUGGGCUAGGCUACGCAAAGCCAUCACACACGCCUAUGAGAAUGCUGGAGACCUGCGCUGGUUCUUCGUGGCCCGGCCCACCACUUUUGCAAUUAUUGAAAACCUGAAGUAUUUGGUAUUAGAGAAAGACCCGAGCCAGCCCUUUUACAUUGGCCGCACUGAAAAGUCUGGAGAGCUGGAGUAUGUGGAAUAUGACGGUGGGAUUGUGUUGAGUUAUGAGGCGAUGAAGAGGCUGGUGGAGAUAUUCAAAGAUGAGGAGAAAUGUCCAGCGCGAGGCCAUGCCUUGUGGAAGAUGUCGGAAGAGAAGCAGCUCGCCACAUGUUUGAAAUACAGUGGAGUGUUUGCCGAAAACGGCGAGGAUGCACAAGGCAAAUCUCUUUUUAACAAGAAAAGCGUUACCUCUAUGAUUUCUGACAGCAUGGGCAAAAACCCAAAUGAUGUCGUGGAGUCCUGUUGUUCUGAUUUGGCGAUUACCUUUGGUGGCAUGCCUGCAGGCCAGAUGCAGGUCAUGAUGUAUGGUGUCUACAGACUUCGUCCUUAUGGACACGAUUUUCACGAUUCUUUGACAUUUUUGCCUCCUAAAGACUCGGACAAUGACUAAUUCACUUUAUGAUUUGGUGUUUACUGUGUUACACAGGGUUCAAAGAAUGUUGAUCUUAAUGUGUCAUUUUUACACUAGGUGCAGGGGUAAAGAUUUGCAGUAUGUACUUUAUUUUGUAUUAUGUGCUUUGAAGGUGGUUGCUGGUAUAUAAGCUGAGGGGUUUUCUUCUGUGUUCUGGCUAAAUCGAAACCUAAUCACUAUUACCAAAAUCAGUAAGAAAAUGGAAGUUGUUAAAUUAAACAUAAGGGGUUAAAAACGGAUAAUUUUGAGCACUGAAUGAAAAUGAAUCCUUGGUUUUAAGAUUUAUUUGCAGUAUGAUGCAAAGUGAAACGCUUCAGAUGUGUAAUUUAUGCACAUGGAACUUGCAUUUACCCAUUAAAAUGUAUUUAAUGACAAACUGGAAGUUGUUCCUGCUGUAUGACAGGAGCUCUUUGAUCCAGCUAUGUUAAAUUGUUUUUUACAUUUACUUUUCUUUUGAUAGUGAAAUGGCAAGAAGGACAGUCUAAAGAUUUCAAGGCUUUCCACACUGGAUGCGCGAUACGUUACAACAAAUGCUUCGUUUUUAAUGGGCUUGCCGCAUCAUUCGUGCCUGGUGUAGACAGGGUGAUAUCUGUUUUUGUUUGGAAUUGUACUUUGUUGAAGUUUAGGGAAGUUCUUGCACGACAAACUGCACAGCAUUUACACUGUUUGAACUAGUAAAAUUUUGGAAUUAUAUUUUAUUUUUUGA